AUGCUGUUGACUUGCCGUUGCAGGCUGCCACGUGCGACCCUUUGCAGCAUAUUCCAAAGGACCUGGUUCGCCAUCAGCGAUUCUUCAGCGAUUUUUCCAGAACCUUUGCCACCGGUUCAGCCACUCGUGCCAGCGAAUGAGCAUGACUACAAGCAGUACCUCAUCCUCGUGGCCAGGGAGCUUGGAUGUGGGAAGCUUAGGCUACGCCGGCAUGUACGUGGGUUGGCCUCAGUUUUUGCUGCGGCUAAAGCCACGGAAGGCAGACAACGCAAGAUCUGGAAUGGUGCACAGCUCUCGGCGCUGGCAGCCAGACCGCCGCCGCCGCACAGGCUUGCAAACCCUUCAUCGCUGCUGGAUAUACAUGCUGAGACAGGGAAGCCGCUCUACUACUCCAAGCGUGACGCAGAAACUUUCUUCGACACGCUCAGGCUUCCGUCCGACCUGCAAGACUUCUUCGCACAGCCGCCGCUGUUGGUAGGCGACCUGCUCAGAGAGACGGGCUUGGACCUUGCUGCGUUGAGUGGGCUCACGGACGACACAGCAGGUGUUCAGUUAACUGACAGCGAGUUCGUUUUCCCGGUGCAUGUGGUCUGGCCAAUGGGUUUCAGUUGGUCCUCAGCAAUCGCGCAAGGAACUACUUUAGCGUGCGUGGCAGCUGCAGGCGUUCGAGAGGAAAGUGUAUUGUCCGUCAGCCACAAGCCUCCGAGCGACCAGUCCGAGUUGUGCUUGGUGGCUACAGACGACACCGUUUUCGUUCAUCAGACUCUUGAUCGAGGGACAUCCACUUUGCAGCGUUUCGAUGGUGCACUCGCUGCUGCAGGCAUUCCGCGAAAGAAGAGCAAGGACAUAACCUUGGUUGAGCAGAUCACUGUAUUGGGGUGUGAUGUCAGCAGCCGCCCUCAUAUGGCAGAACCUUCACAAACCAAACUUCUGAGGUGCCUCGCUUGUUGCUUAGAUCUGCUACGGACGAAGUCGGCCUCUCCAGGAGCAGUCAAUGGUUUGUUGGGUUUGCUGCAGUGGUUCAGCCUCCUGCAGAGGCCGAUGUUCGGAGUCUUUGACCAGAUAUACGAGUUCGUUCGGCGAGAGCCCAACGUCAGACAGCCUGUCCCGUGCAACGUGCUGCGUGAGAUAGCAGUGGCCACGAGCUUGUUACCUCUCCUGUCCGUCAGUUUGGACAGAGGCUUUCACGAACAACUUCUGGCGUGCGAUGCUGCUCCUGAGUUUGGCUUUGGCGUGUCGGCGGUCAGCAGCAGCAAGCAAGAGCUUCAAGAGCUCAGCCGCUUGGCGGAGCGCCGGGGAGACUACGUGCGGCUGCAUGGCUGUGAACAGUCCUCGGGACCUUGUCGCUUAGGUUUUCCCCAUCGCUUGCGCUACCAGAAGUCUGAUUUUCGAACCGUCAUAUCCAGCAGAGCACGCUGGGCAGCACACUCCGGAAUCUUAGAGGGGCACGCUCUCCUGCUGACCAUCAAGCGGUUGUGCCGCAGCCGUGCGAAGCACCAUAAGAAAGUGGUCGUGCUCGUGGACGCGAAAGCUGUCUUGGGUGCCGCGGCGAAGGGGCGAACCUCGGCGCCAGGGUUCCGUGGUGUCAUCAGGUCAAUCGGUGCACAUGUGCUGUCUUGCGACCUCCUUCUGAGGCUGAUUUACAUUCCGUCAGAAAGCAAUCCGGCAGAUGAGCCAUCGAGGGGGUGCAAGUUUUCCCAGCCCAACAACUCGCGCCGCUAA